UAGGCACGUCAUAUCGGUGUAAACUUUCACGCCUAUAUAUUUUUGAAUUUUGGUGUUUAGAAAAUUUGUGAAGUAAUAUCACUUAUCACUGAAGCAAAUUUAAUAAAGCUUCAGUAUCUACUUAUUAGAAGCUUCGUUAACAAAAAACUUGAUAUUAGCUUUUUACCCUGCUAUGAUAACAUUUUAAAGGAAAAAUAGUUAUCCUGAGCAAAUAAAGGUCUCAGAAUCUGAUGUUGAAGUUGGGGGAAAAAAAAAAUUAUUGUACCACAUUGCGUCAAAAAUGUAAUUAAUGAAGGGAAUGAGUCCUCUAAUUACCUAUUAUCAAUAGGAAUAUGUGGCUUUGAAGGCAAUUCUGCUCAGAGCCAACAUAAGCAGAAAUUUGAAAAUAAUACUUUGGAAGACAAUAAUUUAUUUGUCACGACAUAUUUCCCUGUACCACUGAUAAUAAAAUCGCAAAAUGAUGAAAAGCACAAACAAAUUUGGAAAAACAGCAGACCUUCGCCCACCCGCUAUUGCCGUCCUGUUCGAAUUCAAAAGGAAUCAGUUUAAUCAACCCUCAAUGCACUAGAUUUGCGCGAGAUCCGGCAAAGGAAUUAAUUUCAAAAUACUCCUGGUAUUAUCUUCCCUCGUCACUCCGUAACAUUUUAAUUCACGCUCCCGAUGUUAUUCAAUAUGCACCAGUUUCAAUUGAAGAGCUUUCAGAAGAAUGUGCUGAGUCAAGCAAUAAAGACGUUAAGGUGUUCGACUCCAUCAUACAUGAAAGAACUAAUGGAUCGCUACAAAUCAGGACUUGCUAAACCGAUUGCUUUGAGCUUAGAUCCUUUCAUCACCAGUCAAAGAAACUAUCAUGCGAAAAGCAAAUUUGCCGCUUUUUCUGAGUAUGAAGAAUCAUUUAAUUCAGAUAAUUUUGACUUUAAAAAAUUGGCGAAUAGCGACUAUGUAUUCAUGCGAUGGAAAGAACAUUUCCUAGUGCCAGAUCAUACGAUAAAGGAUAUAAAUGGGGCGUCUUUCGCUGGAUUUUAUUAUAUUUGCUUUACAAAAUCUACUGGCAGAGUGGAAGGUUAUUAUUAUCACCGCUCAUCAGAGCUAUAUCAAUCUAUUGAAUUAGAACACAUAUCAGAAAAUUCUUCAGACGUGUAUGAAUUUAGAUAAAAUGAAUAGUGUAAUUUAUUUGUUAUCAUUAAGUUAUAUGUACAAUAAAUAUUUAUCUAAUAAAAAUAUUUCUAUAUAA